GGGAGGGCGGGGCCGGGCGGCGCGGCGCGGCGGGGUGAGGGGGGCUGUGCCGCGGAGCGUGUGCAGCGCCGCGGGGCCGCGGCCGGUGUCGGUGCCAGCGAGGGGAGAGACCCCGCGGGGGGCGGGGGGAAGGGACGGAUCCGGAUCCCCAUCCCCGUCCAGGGCGGCGGCGGGAGGAGCCGGAGCAGCCGGCGGCGCGCCGCGGAGGAAGGAAGCAAGCGCAGGGCUGGCCGCUGCGUGUGCAACCUGGCUGUUCCUGCUGCCCGCGUCCACUCGCGGCUUUUCCUGCCGGCGCUGCCUGACAGCCGCCCGCCGCGGGUGUUGUCGCCGGGGUCUUUUGGCGGGGGGGGGGGAAGAGCGAGCCGUUCUAAAGAGCCCAGAGGCGUGAUUGAAAGCGAGCAAUAAUUAACUGGAGGAGGAGGAGGAGGAGGACGGGGGUGGAGGAAGACGAAGGAGGAAGGCACCGCGCGGCAGAGCCCAGCCGAGCCGAGCCAGCGAGCGGCGGCGGGACGCGGCAACUUCGGCCGCAGCGGAGGAGCCGGAGCCCUGACCGCAGCGGCGGCCGCCGCCUGAGCCCGCGCCUGCCCUGCCCGAGGGGGGAGAGCCCCGCCGCCUCCCCGGCCGUCGGACAUGUCGGAGCAUAAGGCCGUUGAUCCCAAGUUAUCGACGACGGACAGGGUGGUGAAAGCUGUCCCAUUUCCUCCAAGUCAUCGGCUCACAGCUAAGGAAGUGUUCGAUAAUGAUGGAAAACCUCGUGUGGAUAUCUUGAAGGCACACCUUAUGAAAGAAGGGAGACUGGAAGAGAGCGUUGCUUUGAGAAUAAUAACAGAAGGAGCUUCAAUUCUUCGCCAGGAAAAAAAUUUGCUGGACAUAGAUGCACCAGUUACAGUUUGUGGAGACAUCCAUGGUCAGUUCUUUGACUUGAUGAAACUGUUUGAAGUGGGAGGUUCUCCUGCCAACACGCGGUAUCUCUUCCUGGGGGACUACGUGGACAGAGGGUACUUCAGCAUUGAAUGUGUGCUGUACUUGUGGGCCUUGAAAAUCCUUUACCCCAAAACACUGUUUUUACUUCGUGGGAAUCAUGAAUGUAGACAUUUAACAGAAUAUUUCACAUUUAAGCAAGAAUGUAAAAUCAAAUAUUCAGAGCGUGUAUAUGAUGCCUGCAUGGAUGCCUUCGACUGCCUUCCCUUGGCUGCUCUGAUGAACCAACAAUUCCUGUGUGUUCACGGUGGCUUGUCUCCAGAGAUCAACACUUUAGAUGACAUCAGAAAAUUAGAUCGAUUCAAGGAACCACCUGCAUAUGGACCUAUGUGUGACAUCCUGUGGUCAGACCCGUUGGAGGACUUUGGAAAUGAGAAGACUCAGGAACACUUUACUCACAACACGGUCAGGGGAUGCUCGUACUUCUACAGUUACCCUGCAGUAUGUGAAUUUCUACAGCACAAUAACUUGUUAUCUAUUCUCCGAGCUCAUGAAGCCCAGGAUGCUGGGUAUCGUAUGUACAGGAAAAGCCAAACAACAGGCUUCCCUUCACUAAUCACAAUUUUUUCAGCACCAAACUAUCUAGAUGUAUACAAUAACAAAGCUGCAGUAUUGAAAUAUGAGAACAAUGUUAUGAAUAUCAGACAGUUCAACUGCUCUCCUCAUCCAUACUGGCUUCCAAACUUCAUGGAUGUAUUUACCUGGUCCUUGCCAUUUGUGGGUGAGAAAGUGACAGAGAUGCUGGUAAACGUGCUGAACAUCUGCUCAGAUGAUGAACUGGGGACAGAGGAAGAUGGGUUUGAUGGAGCAACAGCUGCUGCUCGAAAGGAGGUUAUUAGGAACAAGAUACGAGCAAUAGGAAAAAUGGCUAGAGUUUUCUCAGUGUUAAGAGAAGAGAGUGAAAGUGUGCUGACACUGAAAGGUUUGACUCCAACAGGAAUGCUGCCCAGUGGUGUGCUCUCUGGAGGAAAGCAAACACUGCAAAGCGCUACUGUUGAGGCUAUUGAGGCUGAUGAAGCUAUCAAAGGAUUUUCACCCCAGCAUAAGAUCACUAGCUUCGAAGAGGCCAAAGGCUUAGAUCGAAUUAAUGAGCGAAUGCCUCCGCGCAGAGACGUGCCAUCCGAUGCCAACCUUAACUCCAUCAACAAGGCAAUCUCCACAGAGACUAAUGGCACGGACAGCAACGGCAGUAAUAGCAGCAAUAUUCAGUGACCGUUGUCUGGGAGGGGGGUUUGAGCUGCAGGGCACGAUGGGGUUGCUGCACAUCAGCAGUGGGAUGUUCUUGCCUCUGAUAAUAGCUUACUUGCUCUGGGGUCCAGGUGUUGGAUUCAGUUUACAAAAAUCAUCUAUGAAGAGAUCGUCAACUUUAAUUUGGUGGGGGGUGGGGGUCAGGGAGAAACACCUCCUUUGGAUAUGCCUUUAAAAUGCUUGUAGAAAAAUGAAAGCUCAUGCUGGUAUAUAUUGCAAAGUUAGGGGAAUGAACAUGUUUUCCUACUGCAUUGGAAACGUCUAGAUAUGUUACUGAAAGGCCUUUUAUUAUGUUACUGGACAUGAAAACUUUGUUUAAUUUCUUACUAACUGUUGUACGUUUACAGUUGCAGCACUAAACAUGGACAACAUCGAAACAUUUUUAACAAAAUGUACAAACUAAAUAAGGACUAUUUAUUGAUAAUGUUUUGCUACUCUUGUCAGACAAUGGCUAUGAAAUAAAUUAGGCAGUCUUUAAAAAUAUAGAGAAAAAAAGAAAAAAAAUAAAAUGUUGGAAAUUUGUUUAAAAUGCCAAAAAAAUGAGAAAGAGAGAGUGAGCGAGAGCGAGAGAGACAGUUUAAUUUUGUACAGAUUAUGCUUACCUCAGGUUUCUUUAGUGUGCUUCGAUGCCCUUCUUUAAAUAUAACACUUAUCUUACUAAUUUGGCAGCAAUUAUCCUUUUCUUUGUUUAAAAACAAAAAAAAAAAAAACUGGAAUAAUGAUAACAUUUAUCUUUUUUUGCUGUUUAUAUUUAGGGGGUUUGGUUUGGGAGGUUUUCUGGGUUUUUUUGGUAAAUCAAGUCUUGGUUGUGGCUUGCUGAAUUUAAAUAUUUAUGAGUGGUGCAUUUUUAAGUAUAGUGAACAAGACACCAUAUUAAGUGCAGUGAAAAGCAUCUAUAUUCUGUAAAAAUCUGCCUAUGCAUGUUUUUUAAGAAAAAAAUGGCUGUAUAGGCCUGUAUGGGACUGUAAUGCGCUUAGUGGUCUGACUUAUACUGGAAAUGUAUGUAUACUGGCGUACUUUAUAUUCUCUAAAAGAAAAAUGCUUAAUGCCUUUGAAAUUUUGUAAUCAAAAAAAAAAAAGCUUUGAAAAAUCUAAGGGGAGAGUAUUCUUAAAGUUUUUAACAUAAGCUUGUCAGUGCACAUAUAGAUGGGUAGCAUGUUUAGCAAACCUUGUGAAAUUUAAAUAAGUUUGUAGUUACAUGUGAAAUUCUAAAUGCAUGAUAACUGUUAAUGUCAUAAUGGUUUAGUCAUUUUGUUCUGUUCUGUCAUGUGCCACAAUGUGUAAUUUUUUCACUUUUUUCCCUUUGUAUAUCAGUUACGGGUUUCAACUGGUUCAUUCUGAGAAAGAAAAAGAAACAAAACGAAAUCAAUCCAUUGAUAUUUUUUAACAAUUGUAUAAGUGCCCAAGUAAUUCACUACAGCCUACAGCCUUGCCUUUGUAAUUUGACUUCGAAAUGUUGGCAAUCAAAGCAUGCACUUGUAACAAUGAAAGAAGCAUUUUAUAUUACUACUCAAUAAAAAUGUGCAUGAACUUAA